CGCUCGUCUUGCGUUCACGUAGUGGGAGGACCGAAGGACCAUCAACCAUCCACGGACUCGGGCUAUACAGCUAUACAGUGCGCUCAGUUCAGUCGAGACAGCUCGCUGGCGAAGAGGUAGUAGUAGUAGCGUGGGCAACACGUUGGAGAGCCGCUCGAACGAACGAUUUGCUGGUUUCUGUUGUUAUUGUUUCGUACCAUGGUUACCGAUCAAUAAGUACCGAGUGAUAUUUUCGUGGGAGCUUUUCGAGUGGAAUUUGUGCGUUGCAUUGACAUGAGUUUUUGAUGGGUUUCGGACUGAUUGACUGGAAAAUGAGUACCGGAAUUUUGUUGUGCGCUAUUGUUGCAUUUGGACUAACGGGUGCCUUAGAACUUAGAAACGGAGCCUACGAAGAUCUGGUGAUUAGAGUGUCCGACAACGUGCCGCAGAAUGAAUGCACCACGAUUUUAACUAAUAUUGAGUCUACCCUAACGAGCGCUUCUCAAUACCUGUUUUCCGCUCUCGACAGUCGGGCUUUCCUGCGAUCAGCAACUGUUCUACUUCCUUCCAACUGGCCGGAUUCCUGCGUGGCCUCCGCCGUUCUGUCAUCCUCCGGGGAAGUCCCGGACGUGACGGUGCUGCCGAGCGAUCCGGCUAGGGGCGGCGCGUGGACGCAGCAAUCGCUGGGCUGCGGCCAGCCCGGCGAUCAGAUUUACUUGGGAUUCGAGGAGUUGCUGAGGAACGACAAUAAUUUAGGCAGGAAAUUCGUCAAGGAAUUCGCCAAAUAUCGUUAUGGAGUCUUCGACGAGGAAGGCUACAACAACGAUCCCAUUUACCCGAUGUGCUAUCAUGACGAUCAGAGCCGACAGGAAAAGGUCACCGGCUGCUCAGAUCUGCCACUUAUUGAUAACGGGAUUUGCAGCGACAAACACGCUGAAUACAACCUGACGAAAAUUGUGGACGAGAAAGCCCGCUCUAGCAUAAUGUUUACGCCGAUAAUUCCAUCGAUAUCUAUGUUCUGCGACGAGGGUAACCACAAUCGCAUGGCGCCCACCAAACACAAUUUCUUCUGCGAACGCCGGAGCGUGCUCGACGUCAUCAUAAACCACAAGGAUUUCUCGAAAAAUCCUCAGAACACGCUGGCCGGCAACCAAAUCACCGAUACCACGCCCAGGAUCGUUUACAAGAAACAGAACAUCACCAGGUACGUGUUCGUCAUCGAGAAUUCCAAAGACAUGAUGCUGAGGGAGUCGUGGAGUUACUUGAGAUUGGCUCUGAGACAGUGGGCUGGGUACGUGCUGCCCGAUAGCACCGAAAUCGGUAUGGUUUUAUCCGAUCCUACGCAAUCCACCAGAGCUUUGAAUAUCGUUCCGGUCAAAGCGAACGGUUACGAUAGAUUCGGAAUUAAUAACAGAGAUAAAUUCUAUUCGGCUAUUCCUUACACGACCAGCGAAAGUUUGCAAAAAGUGUGCCUGCAUUGCGCUGUUACCGAAGCUAUGAACAUGCUGAAAGAGAAGAAUAAAACUGAUGGGCCAGCGAAUAACGUAAUAGUAGUCAUAGGAACCGGCAUGACGGUCGAUAACCACAUGAAAACUACGAUAGACGCCCUGAAAAAAUCCAAAAUCAAAGUAGCUACUGUCAAUUAUCCGGAUAUCAACAGAGCAAACACUCUUAGUUUGUUGGCUAGCGAAACAGGAGGAGCAGAUUAUACAGUUUUCGAGCAAAAAUUGAACGUGGAUACCACACUUCUGACUACUUAUUUCGAACUACGCAACGUUUUGUACGAUAUAGUCAUGAAGUUCAGCUCCAAAAAUCAAAUUGAUCUACCGAUAGAAAUCCACAGAAAAGCUAUAACUGAUGACGGAAGAUCCUCAAUCACAGGCAGCUUCAUGCUGGAUCCCAACAUGGGCGAACCAGCUCAGUUUACUUUUUACACCCACAACACCAUCACACCGUUGAUCAAAGGAUUAAAACUGAUCAGCCCAAGCCAUCAAAUCUUCUCGAGUAGAAACGAUAGACUCAUCGAUUUCAAGAUGAUUACUCUCAACGCCAAUAUAUCAGAGACUGGAACCUGGACCUACGUUGUAGAACCAUACCCCGGCAAUCCUCAACCUCAUUUCAUUCAAGUAAUGGCCACACCUCGCUCUCUACUCUCACCCGUCGUUCGAGCCGACUUCAAGAUACGCAGAAACACUCCCACAGGACCUUUUCUACUUCUAGCGGAAGUCAAAUACGGAGACUUGCCCAUUCUGGGAGCGAAAGUUGAGAUCACGGUCACCAAACCGGGAGCGAACGGAUCCCUUCCGCUCAGAACGAAAAUCGAACUACUAGACACCGGUUCCGGCGACCCGGAUAUCACCAAAGGAGACGGGAUUUAUACCAAAUACUUCAGCGCAGCCGAAUGGGGACCGGGACUGUACAAUUUCGAAGUCAAAGCGAGCGACAACGGCAACACCGCCUACACUUGGUCUGAUAAUUUCAAAGGAAACGGUGCACCUUGCUGUGGCAGCGCCAUUACAUCGAACGGAGUUCAACCUUUGGCCCCCUUCCAGCGUGUACUACCCAAACGAACAAUCAUAAUAUCAUCCGAAGAUAUUUCGACGGCGAAUGAUUUCGUGGUGGGCCGGAUCGGUGAUCUCAAAGCCAAGAUCUUAGCCGACGAGCUGAAGGCCAGACUAUCUUGGACCUCGCCCGACAUGGGAGGAGAUUCGGUCUCGCAUUACGAAAUUCGCUACGCCGAUUCCGUAUUCGACAUAUUGGACAAUUUCGAAACGAAAGCGCGUUUGUGGGACUACGGCCAACCGUUUCCUCUAUCACCAGGAUCCGAGACUAGCUUCACUCUGGACUUCAAUCAGAAGAAGGAAUUGCUGGACCAUACUUUGUAUUUCGCUAUUAAAUCUUACUCGAAAAAUACCAAUAGCAUUUCCGGACCGAUUUCUAAUUGGGUGAGGGUGCUAGUGAAUUCUCCUCCACCGCCGCCUACGGUACCGCCAACUUACUCUUCGAACGAUCAAUCUUACUGGCCGAACCACGGGAAUUCCUUCGACAACGAAGUAGCAGGACCGAGCAUUUCGAAAAGCAUGCCUUUAAGCUCUAACGUGAUCAUAGCGAUCGGAGUAGUAGGCACAAUAAUCGUCCUACUAAUCAUACUAUCGAUACUAUACUUCGUUUGUAAGAGAAAACACGUAGACAACGCCAAAUCCUUGAAAGACAACGCCAUCAAGAAGGACAAUUUGAGCACUACUGUAACUAUUGUACCGAGUUCCCCGCAACACAACAACUCCAAUAACUCCACGCAAACUUACGUGGGCCAGGACAUGCCGGAUCCCCAUCAAAUCGGCGUGCCCAUAAACAACUACGGCUACGAAGACGACACCAAGAAACGCUACUCCCUGGUUCACCAACAAGAACAACAACUGAUCGAGGAAUUGAAGCACCAUCACCAACAGCGCGACAACUACGAAGGCGUCAGCGUAAUCUCUAACCACAGCAUCAACAGAAACCAGGUGCUGAGCCCGUACAACUCCUGGACGGCCUCGCAGCUUUUGCACGAGCACGAGCGCCGGCGCAGCCCGAUGGAAGGCAACAUGCCCGGCCAGGAGCAGAUGAUGUGCCACCAAGGCCUCCUGAUCAACGGCGACGCCGACCACAUGGGCCCGAUGACGGAUGCCUACGGGCAGACGCACAUGCCGCCGCCGGUGCCGCCGCUGCCCGUCUUCUCCGACAGCCGCUACCCGCCGAACUACGAGGUGUACGAGUGCCAUCCGCAGGCCGUGCAGCAUGUGCACCCCAUCUACCAGAGCAUGCAGCGACGGGAGCCGUUCAACCAGAGCCUGCAGGGGUCGCUCAGCUCCGUCAACUCCGGCGAGAAGAAGAAGAGGAACGUGACGAUGGUGUAACGAGAAGUGACCGUUAGGGUUAAAGAGACUGUCGACGUGACGACUUGUACGAGUUACGUUUAACUGGUGCAACCAUUGAUCAAUGUUGAAAUUGAUGCGACGUUAAAGUGCAUGUAUAUUUGUGUAUAAAGAAUUGUAUCUACGUUUAGAGCUAAGUGUAUGGAUGUAUGUUGUGUUGGAAUACCGAUUAAUUAUAAUAUUUGAUAAGAGAAAGCCGCUAGUACGCUGUAUCUCAACUUAUUGUUGUUACUAGUCAAGUACCUACUUAUUAAUUUUUCUUCAAUAUAAUUUGUAUAAUCUAUUACUCGAGUUUGAAGAAUAAAAUUAAAAUAUAAACCUGUAGAUAGAUACUUGUAAUGAACCUAUCUAUCUAAUUAUAUGUAUAUCUAUUUGAGCCAGUACUUGUUCCCAUAUAUGGUAGUCGCUAAUGGCAUUUUAUUGUGCAGUACAAUUUUGUUUGUAAAAUUAAGACUGAUCUCGCGCAAAUUGUAUGGCAUGUAAUUUUGUUGUGACGUGUUUCGUAUGUUCAGUUCCUGUAAAUAAUUGUACGAUUGUUUUUUGACUGUAUACGCAUGUUUUUUGUAUGUAUAAUUUUUAUUAUAAUUGAUGUGAAAUGAAAAUUUGUUUUUAUUAAAGAGUAUUCGCUAA